ACGCUUCAGGAAUUUUCCAAAGCGCUUUUAUUCACUCACCCUCGCGUCUCGUGCUACGCGUUAUAGUUUUAUUUGUAUCUCCGAUUUGUUUCAUUGGUAGGUCGUCGCGUAAGUUACGUUCGUGUCUACCAUCUGUUGCUUUAAAGUAACGUUGAUAUUUCCAUUGCGUAUUCGUGAAGGAUCUGACCAGCGAUUUUAAUCAUGUUUCCUGAGAGCAGCACUGGGUACAGCUAUGAGGAUUGCCAGGCCACAGCUGACUGGCUUCUGUCCCAGACUGCAGUGCGUCCUCUGGUGGGCAUCGUGUGCGGUUCGGGUUUGGGUGGACUGGCUGAAGCAUUGAAAGACCAGGUGGCCUUCAACUACAGGGACAUCCCCAACUUCCCCCAAAGUACAGUGCACGGUCAUGCAGGCCGGCUGGUGUUUGGCACUUUGAAGGGUAGACCAUGUGUCUGCAUGCAGGGACGGUUUCAUCUCUAUGAGGGUUAUGCGAUCCAAAAGAUUACGAUGCCUAUGCGGAUAUUCAAACUGCUGGGUGUGGAGACUGUGAUUCUCACCAACGCCGCUGGCGGUCUGAACCAGGACUAUAAAGUAGGCGACAUCAUGAUCAUCAAAGAUCAUCUCAACAUGCCUGGAUUUGCUGGAAACAACCCUCUGGCUGGACCCAAUGACGAAAGGUUUGGCGUUCGUUUCCCCUGCAUGUCGGACGCAUACGAUCGAGAGCUUCAGCAGAUGGCGCUCGACGUGGGUUCGGAGCUCGGUUACAGCAACUUCCUGCGAGAGGGCGUGUACUGCGUUCUAGGAGGACCGUCGUUCGAGACGAUCGCGGAGUGUCGCAUGCUGCACAAGCUGGGAGCUGAUGCUGUCGGCAUGAGUACGGUUCACGAGGUGAUCGUGGCACGGCACUGUGGGAUGCGCGUCUUCGCUCUGUCUUUGAUCACUAAUAAGGCGGUGAUGAACUACGACAGCGAGGAAAAGGCCAAUCAUGAGGAAGUUCUGCAGACGGGCAAACAGCGGGCGGAGCAGCUGGAGAGGCUGGUGUCCACCAUAGUCACCCGGCUAGAGCACAACAACAAUUUCGCUUAAGACUGUUCUCAGAUCAGAUCUUAAUCAGAUCAGUCACAGACC